AGCAACAGUUUGCACUUGCAUCAAAUACAUUUAAACUAUAUAAAUCAAUAAACUAUUGAGCGAACAUGCUACAAACUGCUGAAAUAGCAACAAUGCGCAAUAGCGCUGCAGCCGUCGCAGCCUUGGCAAACAACAAAGGACAACAAAACGAAAAGAAGCAACAAGUGCCGCCACCGCCGCCGCCGCAGCAACAAGUGGGAGCAAAAUUAACAAACAUCAUGGCACACUUGCAAACAGACUAUGCCAAUUAUAAAUAUACCGUAUAUCGUUGUGCAAGUAAAUUUGUAGCAUUGCAAAAACUAUUUCACACUAGCAAAAUGCACUAUAAACUAGUGCUGGCCAUAUUGGAACGCCAUGGCAUGCCGCAUAGCAGUGGAAAUUGUAAUCUGAAUCUGAUGGUGCCGCCAUUCCAGUUAACCUCACUGCUGCAUGAUAUAUAUUUCGCCUGCGAGAAGCUGGGACACUUUAGCAAGAACUCCAGCUAUCAGCUGGAAACAGCAACAACGCUGCUGGCCAAUUUCUUUUGGAAUGUAUUUGAUCCCCAACGCCGUCAUUCCAUUUCCUUACUAGAGAUACGCGUUACGUUUCUGUUGCUCUGCAAGCUUUACAGCAGCGAGCUGAUGGUGAGCGACUUUUAUAAUCUGCUGGUCGAUGCCAAAUCCCAGUGCGUCUCACGUUAUGCCUUUGAGCAACUGUUGCACACGCUAAGCAAGCUGCUUAGCUUCCUAGGCGAGAGCAAAGCCUAUGGUGUGCAUAAUGUACAGGUGAUGAUGGAGCAAUGCUUUGCACGCUGUCAUCAUGGCAGCGCCGGCCUCAACGAGCAACAGUUCCAUCAGCUGUGGACGCAAACGCAAACACGUUUUCUUAUCUAUGCCAAUCUGUUGGCGCUGAUCAAACGCAUUGAGGAUACAGAGCAUUUGAUACAUAGCAAUCAGUGUGCUGGCUGCCGCAUGGAGCACAUCAUUGGCAUACGCUUCAAGUGUCAGCUGUGUCGCGAUGUUUCACUGUGCCUGCCCUGCUUUGCCGCUGCGGUGCCCGUCAGUGGCAAGCAUGAGCCUACACAUCGCAUGUGCGAGGUAUUUGUCGAGGAUCUGCCAGUGCCCAAGCGCUGGACACACUAUUUGGCGCGUCUCUGCGGCUGGUGGGCGUAUGCGCAGAAGACUCAGCGCGCCGAAGCCGAAGAGGAGGAGCGUCGUGGCUUUUGCAAUGCACAGGAGAGCAGCACAGCUGUGGGUCAAAGCAAUAAUGUCACUGAACUGGCUGCCAUACCAGCCGAAACGCGCAGCAUACGCAAUAAUUCAACGCUGCGACUCAAGACGCCACAGCAGGCAACAAAAGUGUUGCAACAACAGCAGCAGCAGGAGUUAUGUUCAUUAACAGGCGUCGCUAGCAACGCCUCAGAGCGGCUGCAGUCCAUUAUAGAUCGUCUGCUGCAACAAAAUGCCAAGCUGGAAACACAGCUGCAAUUGUUGUCUACAACAUCAAGCGCACAAAUCUCCGAGUUCUUGAGCGCGCAUCAGCGCUUCCUCUUGCAAAUUAUUGAAGAUAUGCGUCAGCUAUCGCGCGCUUCCACAUCGUUGCCCUUGGGCAGCUCCACUUUUCUGAAUGCCAGCACACCACAGCGCCUGGCCACGCCCACUGCGCAGCUGGCCUAUGAUAUGUAUGCACCUGUGGGCGCCAAUCUAACACAUUCGAUUAAUGGCGCUGAGCUGAAUCGUAGUUAUUUGGAGGCCAACAAAUCGGAUUAUUCGCUAAGCGACAUAAGCCUUUGGUUUGAUCAGCGUCGCUCCAGCUUGCUGCAAGCGCAAACGCCGUUGCAAACGCAACCGUCAUCCUUGCCGCUUGCUGCGCUGCUGGAGCAGUCCAUGCAAGUGGAAAUGCGCGAUACGGAAAUGGUUAACUUCAAACUGCUGCUGCAUAAGGUUAAGGAAAUUGUUGAAGACUCGUAUAGCGACAAUGCCGAACUAUCGGCAGCCACGCAGCAUUUGGAAAACGUGCUCGACAACAUUAUCAAAAGCGAGGAGCAGCAACGCCGCAGUGUUGGCAGCAACCGAACCUCGCAGCACUAAAAACAGAAAACAAUAACAAUGACAAUGCUUUAACAAUAUAAAUAAUUUUACGUACGUACGUUUGUGCAACUGAAUACUCCGUCCUAUGUUGACAUAUAUAAUGCUAAGUAUAUACCUGACUAGGAUGCAUGAUAAACAGCAAAUUUGUAU